AUCCGUCUACCUGCGUUCAAAUUCAACCAUACCCAGCACUUUUUCGACUUUAUGCUGUUCUUCUAAGGACUUUAUUGUAUUCUUAAGGACAGCAAUGUUUUUCGACAAGGACUGUCAAGGCAAAACUCCUAUACUCUAAUAGAAGAAAACAGCGUAUUACAUAUACAAUUGGCAAGCGAAGAGCAUCGUUUCCUGCGCCAAGAAGAGGCAAGACAUGGUCAAUCCUGCAAACCGUUGGUGAGGGGAAUCUCGCCGUGUAGGCCCGUCCUGCAGCGUCUUUCACUGCCCCCGCGGGGAAGGGAGAAUGCUCGUCACGUGCCACACUUGCGCCUGGAGCCGCUGACGAAAGGAACUGACCGCUGGAAGCCAUGUCCCACCACCACCACCACCACCACCCGAGGGGUCAGCAGAGCCGCGCCAUGAGCGCCGAGGAGCGCUGCGCCACGCCGGUCCACAAGACCUCCACGCCCACGCACAAGAGCGCCUCCUCCUCGUCCUCCUCGCAGAGGGACAGCCGGCAGGAAGCCGAUAGCUGGGAAAUUAUAGAAGGACUGAAAAUAGGGCAGACAAGCGUCCAGCGCCCCGACAAGCACGAAGGCUUCAUGCUGAAGAAGAGAAAAUGGCCGCUGAAAGGCUGGCACAAGCGCUUUUUCGUUCUGGACAAUGGCAUGCUGAAGUACUCCAAGUCCCCCAUCGAUAUCCAGAAAGGCAAACUGCACGGCAGUAUUGACGUGGGGCUGUCAGUGAUGUCCAUUAAGAAGAGGGCCCGCCGCAUCGACCUGGACACGGAGGAGCACAUCUACCAUCUGAAGGUGAAGUCUCAGGAUGUGUUUGACGCCUGGGUGUGCAAGCUGCGCCACCACCGGCUCUACCGGCAGAACGAGAUUGUGCGCUCCCCGCGUGACGCCAGCAUCCGCACCUUCCCUCCCCCCGCCGCCACCCUCGAGUCCCCCCAGGCUGCCCCGGCCCCCGUGCACGAGGUCAAGCAGCCCAAGCCCAGCACCCUGCCCUGGCAGCCAUCUGUGACCAGCACCAGUCUGCCGGUCUCCUACAGCAACGGCCAGAGCAAGGUGGCCGCCUGGCUACAGGAGUCCGAGGAGAUGGACAAGUGUGCAGAGGAGCUCGCACGCUGCCAGUCCAGCCUGAUUGAGCUCAGCAGGCUGCUGCAGAGUCUGGAGAUCCUGCAGAGGACCCAGUCUGCCCCCAACUUCACCGACAUGCAGACCAAUUGUGUAGAUUUAUCAAAGAAAGACAAGCGAGUGAGCAGAAGAUGGAGAACAAAAAGUGUCAGCAAAGAUGCAAAAAUGCAACUGCAGGUGCAUUCAUUAUCCCAAUCCAGAAGGGCCAAAGUCCCUAUCAGCGCCAGCAUGUCCCCAGUGCGGCUGCACUCGUCCAACCCCAACCUGUGCGCUGAGCUGGGGGACUUCCAGAACCCCGCCGCCCGGCUCACCGAGAGCAUGGAGGGGGCCGGGGACUACAUCAAGCUGCAGGAGGACUUCUGCCUCAUCGCCCAGAAAGUGCACUCCCUCCUGAAGUCGGCCUUCAACACGGUGGCCAUUGAGAAGGAGAAGAUCAAGCAGGCGCUGUCGGAGCAGGAGCAGGUGGGCCCGUCCACUCAGAUCGUCACCCUCAGGCACUCUCUAUCACAGGCCCUGUCCCAAAACGCUGAGCUUCGGACCCGUCUGAACCGAAUCCAUUCCGAGUCGGUGCUCUCUGAUCAAGUGGUCAGUGUCAACAUCAUCCCCAGCCCUGAUGAGGCCGAGCAGAUCGUCAUGGGAAUCCCGCUCACGUCUCAAGCCUCCAAUGAGAGCCGGCUGUCCAUGUCUGAGUCGGUGUCGGAGUUCUUCGACGCCCAGGAAGUGCUGCUGUCAGCGAGCUCUUCGGAAAAUGAGGCAUCAGACGAUGAGUCAUACGUCAGCGAUGUGAGCGAUAACAUUUCCGAGGACAACGCCAGCGUCAAUGACAACGUCUCCCGACAAAUUGCCAACGGCGACCUGGCCGGCGGUGCCUUCCGGAACGGACGCCGCUCGUGCCUGCCCGCGCCCUCCCCGGACACCAGCAACAUCAACCUGUGGAACAUCCUGCGCAACAACAUCGGCAAAGACCUGUCCAAGGUGUCCAUGCCCGUGGAGCUCAACGAGCCGCUCAACACGCUGCAGCACAUGUGCGAGGAGCUGGAGUACACCGAGCUGCUGGACAAGGCCGCCGACACCGAGGACCCCUACGAGCGCAUGGUCCUCGUAGCGGCGUUUGCAAUCUCAGGAUAUUCGUCCACGUACUACAGAGCGGGAAGCAAGCCAUUCAACCCUUUACUUGGAGAGACGUACGAAUGUAUCCGGGAGGACAAGGGCUUUUGCUUUUUCUCGGAGCAGGUGAGCCACCAUCCUCCAGUCUCAGCUUGUCACUGUGAAUCCAAAAAGUUCACCUUCUGGCAAGAUGUCAGAUGGAAAAAUAAGUUUUGGGGGAAAUCGAUGGAGAUCCUUCCCAUUGGGACCGUUAACGUCAUGCUUCCAAGCUACGGAGACCACUACGAGUGGAACAAAGUCACCACCUGUGUGCACAACAUCCUGAGCGGGAGGCGGUGGAUCGAGCACUACGGCGAGAUCACCAUCCGCAACACCAAGAGCAGCGCCUGCAUCUGCAAGCUCACUUUCGUCAAGGGGAACUACUGGAGCUCCAACGUGAACGAGGUGCAGGGCUUCGUGAUGGACCAGGAGGGGAAGGUGGUGCACCGGCUGUUUGGGAAGUGGCACGAGGGGCUCUACUGCGGCGUGCCACCCUCUGCCAAGUGCAUCUGGAGGCCAGGCUCCAUGCCCAUGGACUACGAGCUGUAUUACGGCUUCACCCGCUUUGCCAUCGAGCUGAACGAGCUGUGCCCCGUGAUGAAGGACAUGCUGCCGCCCACCGACGCCCGCUUCAGGCCCGAUCAGAGGUUCCUGGAGGAGGGCAACGUGGAGAUGGCGGCCGCCGAGAAGCAGCGCAUCGAGGACCUCCAGAGGACCCGCAGGAAGUGGAACGACGAGAACAACGCCAAGUACCAGCCGCGCUUCUUCAAAAAAGUUGUGGAUCCCAACCAGAGAGAGAGAUGGGUGUCCAACAACACCUAUUGGGAGCUGCGCAAAGACCCCGGCUUCGGCAAGAUGGAGAACCCUCCACUGUGGUAGCACUUGGAUGGACGCCGUCCUGCGCUCAACAUAUCAUCAUCGCCGACAAAAAGAAGCUUUACCUAUGCACAAUGAUGUUGAGAGCUACGAUCGCUAUGUCAAGGCUACAUGCAUAAAAACGUUGUGUCGGACUGCGGAACUGAGCGAUAACUAACCACCGCCACCAGCCGAAGGCCUGCAGCAUCCAGUCCCGUUCGAUGCAGUCUCAGACUGUGCCCUCCCCACUAACUCGCAGAAAACAGGUUGGUCAGGGCAGUCCGUCUAAAGCCACCGUGUAGACCCCCCCCCUUGAGACCAUGUCAGGCUUUUGAGUAUUUCCUUGCCUUAAAAGAAAAACACACAAAAACAUGACUAAAACAAAGUUGGCUUACCGCCACUACUGUCACACACUUUAAGCUUUUUGUGACUGCUCGGUUGAUUUGUUACAGCGCUAUAUGGGUUAGGCCAGUGUUUGAGCUUAGGUCUCAGUGAACUAUACCUACAAUAUAUCAUGCAUGUUUAGAAGGCAGCUUUUUCAUUGGCAUAUGCUGAAAUGACUUGUCACCUCAUUUGUAGAUUUAAAAAGUAGUGGUAUUUUUGUAAAAAACAAGAAAAAAAAGAUGAAGAAAAGUGAACACAUUAAAAUGAUGAAUAGGCAUAGAUGUGUGAGCCUCACCCACAGGCCACAGAGCCUUGUCCAUGAACCUCUUGUCCAUGACCCUCUAUCAUAGCUGUACUCUCUCUUGGAGCAAACGCGGUUCUGGUUUGAUUGUUGAGAAUGUUCUGUGGAGUAGACAAGUGGACACUAGUCAUGUGUGCACAUGCACCCAACUUUUUGUUUGUCCCAGAGACGCACCCAAAGAGUCAGAAUACGAUUUUAUUGUAAAUUAUAUCGAGAGCUGAUCUCAACGACCAUGCGCAGCUCUGUAGUAGGUAUGUAGCUCUGCCAGCAGACUUCAGAUCUCGAAGUCCCCAUCUUGCCUCUGUAAACUCAGAGCAUUUGGACCUCCACACAAGAUCCUCAGAGUUUACACUUCUUAUUUCUGUUUUUACACUAUACAAUUUGACAUAUGGUAUAUCCACCAAGAAAUUCAUACCACUGCCCCCCCUGCUGGCUGUCAGUAGGUACUACAUAAAGAUACAGAAGGCAGUCAGAGAUGAGGGAUUUUCACCACAUUCUGUUCUCCAGGCACACAGAGGUCAGAGGGUCGGCAGAUAACUGUGUUGUGAGGGAAUCAUGCAGAUAAAUAGAAUUUAUGAUUUUCCUAAGCCAAAGAAGAAAGAAUGCUCAAACAGAGAUGUGAAUGUUAAAUGAAGAAGUGAUAUAUACCAGGAGAGUUUAUGGCCAUGAUACAAGGCUUUACCAAAACUACCAGUGUACAGGACAUUUGAUUUAAAGACCUUUCCAUCACCACUGCCUUGUGUUUUUUAGAUACACAUUCCAUGCUUUAUUUCUGCCUCCUGUUCUGAGUUACUGAUCACGCACAACAGCUUUGGAAACUAUUAUUGUUUUUAACAUGCUUUAGUUUACUACGGAAUCAUUAUUUUCUGAUUCUUAAAUACAUGAACAAAUGCUCAAAUUGAUCAUUUAACAAAGGCAAGACAUCAACCAUACAUCUAAGCAAGUGAUGUAGUUUUUUUUUUAAUUGUUAUAGACUUGUGUAAAUUAUAUUAAGGACCAUAAUCUUCUUGUGUUCUGUAGAACGUUUUGUCCUUAGGUUACAGGAAAAUACAUCAUGGAUAUUAGACAACAAGUAGCCUGAUGUGUUAAGUACUCUAUUUCGUACAAUAUCUUCACUCAACGCAGUGUGUCGUUCACUGUGUUAAGACAUGUUUCACUGCGUCAGCUCCACUUGCUGUGCCUUAACACAUUUUCUGAACACAGUUUGACCACAGAAUCUUAUGAUCUAAUAACAAGGACAGUGUUUCCUCAGCUAACACUACCGCUUCUACAUAGCUUACCUGCUCUCUCCUAAAGCAGUGUCUGUAAUAAUGGGAUGAACAAAGCUGGACUUGUGCUCUCAACACCCCAAACGGCUGAUUCUACUAAGUCACGUAAAUCUUCCCUGCGGUGCAACCACUCAUUGGCUUAGAGUCAUUUUUUGUGAAAAUUGAAAAGGGAAUUCCAGUCAUCCUGUCCAGUGUGCUUAUGUGUGUGUGCCACACGUGUGCUUGAUCAAGGUGAAGUACAGAGAAACUUGUUACUGUGUGUAAUAGCUGACAGACAAUGCAGUGUACAUCAGCUGCUGAUUCCAGUUCUUGAUGAGGUCAUUCAUUGUAGAGAUGCGUAGUGAACAGCAGUUCUCAGUGCUGUGCUCACUGUGUAGAAGCAUCAGGGUGUAUUGCCAUAUUGUGGCAAUGGUUGUGACCAAGGAUGGUAAUGACGUGGUAAUAUGCAUAUUUAUUGGGAGUUGAUUGUUGCUUGAACUGCUGUAGACUUCAUAUGAUGAUCAAAUGUUGCCCAGUUCAGAAUUUUAUAUUUUAAGACAUUUUGGCAUUACAUAGUUUGCUGUAUCUGAAGUCAGAUCAAUUCCUGUUGCUGAUCUUGGUUAACUAGAGCUAAGCUAAGGGAUUUGGUGUCUGAUUAGUCACAUUGUACUGUUUCUUAUAUCUGCAUGUAUAAGACAUAGCCUGCCAAUGAAUGUUGCAAAUGCCUUACAAAAUAUUUUGUUUGUUUGAUUUUCUUGUUUUUUUCAAUUGGGAGUUUUUUCACUUUGGAUUUUCCACCCAAGCAGACAUGCACGAUUGCGUGCUGUGAUGGGCUGUCAUCUUUGUUACAUCAAUCCAUAUAAUGAUGGGUUCCCUCUGAAGAAGUGCAAUUGUAUAAGAACAUAUCUUUCCAUGAACACCGUACACUGCUGCUACAUAGUGCUUGUUCUAAUAUAAAAAAAAACAACUAUAGAAAAAAAUCAUGCCUCCUGUUGUUGUAUUAGUGUGGGGGACAUCAAGCUAAAUAAGUGUGGACUGCACAGGCACUCCAAGUAAACAAUUUCAAACAUUUCAAAACCUACAGCUGACAAGAUACUUCCAGAUAGACAUGUGUUUGGCUCAUUCCUAUGGUGUCAGAAAUCUGAGUACUUGAUGAAGGAUCAAGCGUCUUCUGUUGACAUUUACAAACAUGUAUCAGCACAGUACAUAACCGGAUGUAUUUCAGGAAAAAAUAAAUAAAAUCAUGUAUCUUCAA